AUGGCCGAAGCAUCCUCACAAGUACGACAGAACUAUGACCGUUGCUGUGAGGAGGCCGUCAACACCCAUAUCCGUCUGCUGCUCCAGGCUUCCUACUCGUACCUGUCGAUGGCCUUCUACUUUGACCGUGAUGACGUGGCCCUGGAGAAUUUCAAGCGAUUCUUCCUGAGUAAGUCACACGACUGCAAGGCCAGUGCGGAGAUGUUUAUGUUCAUGCAGAAUAAGCGUGGUGGCCGUGUUUUUCUGCCCAGCAUCGCAAAACCAGACCGCAAAAGUUGGCAAGGGGGCUUCCGGGCCAUGGAAUGCGCCUUCCGCAUGGAGAUGACCAUCAACCAGAGCCUGCUGAACCUGCACGAGCUGGCCAAGGGAAAGGGUGAUGCUCACCUCUGCGACUUCCUGGGGCAACACUGUCUGGAUCAGCAAGUCCAUGUCCUCAAGAAGAUGGGCGGCUACCUGACCAACCUGCGCCAGAUGGGAGCACCGGAGCAAGCCUUGGCUGAGUACCUCUUUGACAAGCUCAGCCUGUCCUGA